AUGGCCUCUCCAAGAGAAACCUAUGACUACGCGGAAAAGGGCGACGUGACUGAGGAUGUGGAAUGUACAACAUUCGAAUAUGCCAUUGGGGAUCGCAGGGCGGAGAUCGAGAAGAGCCUUGUCCGCCGGCAAGACAUGAUCAUCAUGCCUCAGAUGGUGAUACUCUACCUACUGGCAUAUUUGGACCGAAGCAAUCUGGGCAAUGCGAAAUUGCAAGGCUUGGUCAAGGAUGCUCUAGGCGGAAAUGACGACAACUACGGAUGGGCAGCGAGCAUAUUCUACUUCGGAUACGUGAUAUUCGCUAUUCCGUUCACUCUUUAUGGGAAGAAGUUUCAUCCGUCUAGAUUUAUGUUCGUUUGCGUCCUGGGAUGGGGGAUAUCUGCCUCUGCCGCAGCAGGAUCUUUCAACUUCGCAGGUAUUGCGGUUUCUCGAUUUUGCAUAGGCUUAUUUGAAGCUGGAUUUGCACCAAGCGCUGUCUUUUACUUUACAAUCUGGUAUACUCGCAGUGAGGUUGCAUUCCGCACUGCGAUUUUUGUCGGAAUGGCAGCUCUUUCGGGUGCCUUUGGCGGCCUCAUUGCCUACGCCAUCUCCCUGAUCCACUCGCACCUUGCCCACUGGCGAAUUCUCUUUAUGGUAGAAGGCUUACCAACUGUCAUCUUCGCCUUUGUGAUCCUAUUCUUUUUGCCCGAUCGACCGGAAACAGCCAACUUUUUUCGCAAUGAGGAAGAGCGCGCUGUGUCUAUCGAACGCAUGAAUCGUGGACAGGCCAGCGAGGGCCACAAUGUUCUGAUUAAGAGGCAUAUCUUGUCGGGCUUCACGGACUGGAAGGUAUACUCUUGCGCCGUGAUCAAGAUGGGACAUGAUGCAAGCCUUGCAACCAUUUCAGUCUUCUUGCCAAACAUCAUCAAGUCACUAGGGUAUACGAAUACUCAAGCCCAGUACAUGACUAUUGGCCCAUACCUCGUCGCCUGGGUUUUGAUGCUCAGUGUCUGUUUCCUUUCGGACAAACUGAGAAUGCGUGGGCCCUUCAUCAUCGGCGCAACCAUGGUCGCCAUAAUAGGAGUAUCUCUUGUGUUUAGCUUUCCCGUCGACGAGAAUCCCAAAGUGGCCCUGGUUGGAAUCUACUUCCUUGUGGCGGGUAUUUUCCCCUGCAUUCCAUUAGAGCUACAAUGGGCCACGGACAACGCCGGAGCCGAGUCGAAAAAGGUGACUGCAAUCUGCAUCCUUGUAGUUGCGGGUCACUGCUGGAGUAUCCUGGCCAGCAAGAGUUUUCCAGCGCGCGAGAAACCCAGAUAUACUCGAGGAUAUGGCAUUGUGCUUGCGUUUUUGAGCCUGAGCUGCGUAAUGGCUGUGAUCCUAUCUAUUCGCCACAGAAUCGAAAACGCGCGACGAGACAAGAAACAUGGCAAGCCGAAUCCAGUGCUGCCGGUUGAUACUGCUGAAAACGCUGAUGACGCGCCGAUGUUCCGACUUUGGGCAUGUUUGAGAGUUCAAGGUGGUAGCAAGGAUAGCAGCAGCAACGAAGCCACCACCCUCGCUGUCCAAAUCCCCAAUGUUCGAGGCCGGAUUCCUUCGUUACAAGCCUCUCGCCUCCGUUCAAUGAUCAAAGAGGCACAUGCUGACCCCUCUAAGAUCGUGGCUCAAGUGUGCAGCUACGAUGGCCUAAGUUCCCGACUAGUGGAAGAAGCCGGGUUUCCGGUGAUUUUCUUAGGUGGAUUUGCCAUGGCGGCAUCCUACGGGCUCCCUGAUACGGGAUAUAUCGCGUUUGAAGAAGCCGUGAGGAAGAUCCAGGAGGUUGUGAGACAGGUUAGUGUGCCAGUGCUUGUGGACGGUGAUACGGGAUAUGGGAGCCCGAUGAAUGUCAGAAGGACUGUCGAAGGGUUUGCAUUGGCCGGGGCAGCCGGAGUCAUGAUUGAAGACCAAACAUGGCCCAAACGUAAGCAGAAAGGGAACAACUCACUAAAGCGAAUUGUGAUUCUGUCUGCAUCGAGUUUACUCUAA